AUGGCCUCCGCUGCCUCCUCACCCGACGUGUCGGCUGAGCAUGAGCUCGAUAAUAUGGCGGAUAGGAAGCCGAGCUUGCCGGUGGAGGAGGAUAUUAUGCAGUUGGCGAGGUUGGGCGAGAUUGGAGCGAUUCAGAAGCUGUUUGAUGGGGGGAAGUUCGAUGCGACAUAUAAAGAUGACCAGGGCAUAACGCCACUACACUGGGCGGCUAUCAACAACCAUUAUGCCCUCUGCCACUACCUCAUACAAGCCGGUGCACCGAUUAAUGCGAAAGGCGGUGAUGCGGUAGCUACACCCGUCCUAUGGGCAGCAAAGCGCUGCAAUUAUUACAUUGUGAACCUCCUCCUCGAUCACGGCGCCGACCCCCUUCUCACCGACGACCAAGGCUUCAACCUGCUGCAUUCGGCGACUCUCGACGGCAACGUCUACCAGCUAGUCUUGCUCCUACACCAGGACAUACCCGUGGAUAUACCAGAUCCGCAGUCGCACACCCCGCUCAUGUGGGCAGCAUACAAGGGCUAUCCGUCUUGCGUGGAUUUGUUCUUGCGCUGGGGCGCAAAUGUGUAUGCGACAGACGACCAGGGCUUCACGGGCUUGCACUGGGCACUAGUCAAGGGAUCGCAAGAGUCCAUACAGAAGCUCCUCGAGUACGGCGCGGACCGGUUUGCGAAGAAUAAUGACGGCAAGACACCGGCUAUGACAGCGGAAGAGAUGAAUACCACGCGGCAAUGGCAUCGCGCAUUGUCUCAAGCCGGCUUCGAUAAGGAGGGUAACCCGAAGCAUUUUCCCGUCCCUGGAGUCAAGGAUACGAGGUGGUUCCUGUCGCGCUUUAUAUUCUUCUGGCCGUUUGCGAUCAUCUUGAAUGCGCUGUUUUUGCUCAGCUAUUUCCCGUCGUUUAUUGGCAUUCCGGCGGCGUUGAUAAGUUCAUACUUGAUGCAGUGGGCAGCGCAAAAGCUGUUGAUGUGGGCGCCGUCGAAUAUGAGGUCGAUACAUCAUACUCCCUUUCUUGCUGGUAUAUUUGCUGGCACGCUUUUCUGGGUCGGCUUCCGUUGGAUAACGACCAUCCUACCAUGGACGAUACGAGGCAACUUCUUCCUCAACCUAAUGUUUGCAAUGUUUUACGGCCUCACGGGUUAUUUCUACUUCUUCACCAUGACAUCUGAUCCUGGCUUUGUGCCCAAGUCCGCGAGCAGGAGCGCUUCCAAGGCGGUGAUCGACGAACUUAUGGAGCUACGACAGUUUGACGAAAAGCACUUUUGUGUUAAUUACCUUGAGAAUCGCGACACACCAAAGCAUGUUCAGUGCACCAUCAUUUCCGAGGACCUGUGCAAGAUCUACAACAAAGACCCAUACACGAUCGUACUAUCGAUAUGGGCUGCCUUUCAAUUGACCUGGGUGACGAUGCUCGCAUGCGUGCAACUACUCCAGGUAGCUCGUAACCUCACCACAUACGAAAGCAUGCGUGGCCACUUACACAGUCAUACACCCGCCGAUGCAAUUAACACCUUCGUCACCACCGGUGAUACUUCGCAAGAUAUUACGGGCGCUGGUGAUAGUUCCAGCACUAAUGGCUUUGGCUCCGGACAAGACACCGGCGAUGCUCCACGUCGACCACAGCCCAAGUCUUCCAUCUGGGAUCAAUGGAAACGCCUUCUCGGUCUGGAUACCUUUGUCGCAACCGCACUGCAAGGGUCUCAAGCAGGACAACGGCAGCAGAGAGGCAAUCCAUGGAGUCGAGGUAUUGUCACGAAUUGCAAGGAUUUCUUCUGUGAUGGCAGCCCCGUAUUUGGACGGAAAGAAGGAGGUUAUGCGAGGUUAGCUGGCGACAGAGUCGACUAUACACGAUUGUACGAAGUACCGAAGAUGAAGUACGCGAGAAGUGGUGCGGAGCCGAUGGCGGGAGGUAUGAGAGCGUUGCGGCGGAGGAGGACGCAGCAUAGGCACAGUAAUAAUGAGACCAACCUUUCACUUCACACCUUCAACGUUCCCACAUGCCAGACACUCGAAUUGCUUUGCCUCUCUUUGUCGCGCGUGAUACCCCUUGAGCGUUAUUUUGUCGCAUGGGCUGGCUCUUUCUGCAGCUCCACAUAUUUCUUCGAAUAUGACAUCAUCCGACGCAAUUCGAGGGUUGCGGACCCUUUCGCGACAUGCUACACCGAGGCGAAUCACACCAAGUGGGAGAGGGUUGACAGCGGAGGCAAGACGGUCGAUAUGUUUGGAUUGCAGGAAAAGCAUAAGAGCUGGAAGAGAAUGUCAGAGCACGUGCUCCGCUUCCAGCUGUGGCUGCGUGGUCCGGCCCAGGCGCAUACAGAGGGUAUGCGCAAGCGGCGCAUGAGCAUCAUCAAAAAUCUGGAAGAUCUCCAUGUCAUGCUUGCAUCGUGGACACAACCGACCGUUCGUCAACCUACGAUCGAGUCUUUACAACCACCCAAGAAGUCCUUCUUCUCCUUCAUGUCGUCUUCGCAACCAGCAGCGGCUGCGUUACCACCGAUAGAUCCGAAUCUACCCAAGGGCAUAUACAUGUACGGAGACGUGGGUUCUGGCAAGACCAUGAUGAUGGACCUUUUCUUCGACACUCUCCCACCAAAUAUCACACACAAGACUAGGAUACACUUCCAUGCCUUCAUGCAAAGCGUGCACAAAGAACUCCACAAGAUGAAAAUGCUGCACGGCAACGACAUCGACGCGAUCCCCUUCGUCGCAGCCGGCAUCGCAGAACGCGCCUCCGUCCUCUGCUUCGACGAAUUCCAAUGCACCGAUGUCGCAGACGCCAUGAUCCUCCGCCGCCUCAUGGAAUCCCUCAUGGCCCACGGCACUGUCAUAGUAACAACCUCCAACCGCCACCCAAACGACCUCUACAAAAACGGCAUCCAACGAGAAUCCUUCAUCCCCUGCAUCAACCUCCUAAAAUCCCGACUCACAGUCCUAAACCUCGACUCGGAUACCGACUACCGCAAGAUUCCCCGCCCACCAUCUGGCGUGUAUCACCAUCCCCUCGACGCAUCUGCGAAGACGCAUGUAGAGCGUUGGUUCCGCUUCCUCGGCGACUUCGAAAACGACCCGCCCCACCGCGCAACCCACCAAGUCUGGGGCCGCGAGAUCGAAGUGCCCAAGGCGAGCGGGAAAUGCGCGUGGUUCACGUUCGACGAGAUCAUCGGCCGGGCAACCGGCGCGGCGGAUUAUCUCGAGCUGACGAGGAAUUACGAGGCGUUCAUCGUGACAGACGUACCUGGCAUGAAUUUCCGGAGCAGGGAUCUCGCGAGGCGGUUUAUUACAUUUAUUGAUGCAAUUUACGAAUCGAGGGCGAAGCUUGUUAUGACGACCGCUGUCCCGCUAACUGCCCUCUUCCUCGACCAAUCCGAACUCAACGACGCAGUCACCGCGUCUGCGAAAGCUGGCGCGAUACCGAAAUCUACAUCCUCUCCCGAUUCAACCACUACCACGCCCACUUCCUCCGCCACUAAGCACGACGAAGAAGCCAUUUCGGAUGUUAUGCGCAACCUGAUGGAUGAUUUGGGCAUGAACAUGACUAUGCUGAAGAACAGCAGUAUAUUCAGCGGUGAUGAAGAGAGGUUUGCGUUUGCCAGGGCGCUGAGUCGGCUGAGUGAGAUGGGGAGUCAGGAGUGGGUGGAGCGGGGGUUGGGGAUGGAGAAGAGGGGUGGCAAGGGAGAGAUGGAGGGGUGGAUGAGGGUGAGGAGUCGGUGGAGGGAGGAUAGUAUGUGA